AUGACCCUGGUGCUGCCCAUGCAGCGGCUGGGCCGCCCCAUCGCCGCCGAGGGAGCCGCCGACCUCGCCGCCUACCGCGCCCUCUGGGAGCCGCCCUGCUGCGGCCGCCCCGGCCCCGCCGCCCCGCCGGCCCCGGCCCCGGCGGCCCCCGGUUCCCCCGCCGCAGGAUCACAUUACAGGGGAAUUUCAAAUCCUGUAACAACAUCCAAGAUCACAUACUUUAAAAGGAAAUAUGUGGAAGAAGAGGAUUUUCAUCCGCCACUCAGCAGCUGUACACAUAAAACAAUCUCUGUGUUUGAGGAGCGGGCCCAUAUUCUCUACAUGUCUUUGGAAAAGCUGAAAUUCAUUGAUGAUCCUGAAGUCUACCUGCGCAGAUCCGUCCUCAUCAACAAUCUCAUGAAGAGAAUCCACGGAGAGAUCAUCAUGCAGAACAACUGGUGCUUCUCCACCUGCUCCUUCAGUGGCACCUCCCCACAAGAGUGGUUUGUGCCUCAGGACUGCCCAUACAGAAAACGCCUUCGGAUGGCAAAGGAGGAGUACGAGAAGCUCCACAUGUGCUGCUUCUAUCAAGAAUGUGGCAGUCACUAUUUAAAUCUACCCUACUCUGUUAAUGCUAGUACUGAAAGUAAUUCCUCUUCUUCUUCCUCCUCCUCCUGCUCCUCCUCCUCCUCCCCUCCCAUCUCUUUGCCAAGCUGUUCCCAGCAGGUGGAUUAUGAAGUUGGCAGCGCACCUUCUUACAGAAAUGAUGACCAGAUACCUGCUAAUGAAAUAUUCAUCACUAAUGGCAGGUCUCACAGUAAUCAGGAAAAGGCAAAAUUUAAUGACAAGAGUGGAGGUAAUGAACCUGAGAGAGAAAGCAUCGCCCUAAACUGUGAACCUGUAAGAGGCACCCAUGCUCUUGAAUGUAAAGGCAAAUUUUAUGACUAUUUUGAGACUGGAUGUAAUGACAAGAGCAACGUAAGUGAAUCUUGGAAAAAAUCCUUAAGGAAAAAGGAAUCUUUACCAAGUAAUAAAAUCUGCUGCAACAAAGGAAGUAAAAUAUGAGGCAUCUUUCUUGCUCUAUUGAAGCAUGCACAGCAUGUUCCUUCUCUAUCAAAUUUUUAUUUUGAACGGAUUUUUUAUAGUUUUCUACGAAUGGUACAAUCAUGCCACAAACGUGACGUGUAGAGCGGAGAGCAGAUUGCGUAAAGUGUCUCUGCCACCCGCAUCAGCAGCUAUUUAUGAACGUGGAGACUUCAGAAAGAACACGGUUGCAUUGCUGCUGAGCGCUGUAGUCUGUGCAGCUAUGGUGGAGCUCUCGUUGCUGAAAAUGCCAAUCAGCCAGAUGGGGAAAACAUAUCGUUUUACAUAUCCCCGCCCCCAAGAAGUCUGCCAUUAAUUAAGAAGAACCUCCAUUAUGUUUACCAAGGAAUUAGAAGUCUGGUAAACAAAUUGAUGCUACCAGCAAGGAUGAUGUGCUCCUUGUAACUCAGUAUUCAUUCUGACAAAGGACUGUCUUCAUGGAUUGGGAAUAAACCAUCCUUACGUUUUGUAGUGAUA